AUGUAAUAUAUAUACCAGCUGAGCUAGGUCGGGUUGCGAUUCAUAAUCAAAAGUAAACCAAUAUAAAAAAUGGAAUGAAGGCAUCUGCCUGAAUCGUCUGAAUGUCAUUUUGUUUGUAGUAUAUAGUCAAUGUUUGUAGCCUUGUGAAAGAAACAAUUUAAGUGUUAGAUAGUUAUUUCUGAGUUGUUAUUAUUCGUAGCCUACGACGAACAUUAGCUAUUUGAUAGUCAUUUUCAACCAAAAGAAGUAAUGAUUAUUUAUAAGGUUAUGAGAGCUCAGUGUCUCUCUGCACAUUUGAAAAUCUGUUUCCCAAAACCAGCAGUAUUCAAUGUUAGCAGCAUAAGAUGCAAUCAGACUCUGCAGGGACUUGAGCUGAUCCAGAAUGGAGAGUUGUUAACAAUUGCAGAAGUAAGAAAGAAGUUCAUGGAUUUAAUGGGGUUACAAGCUGGUUUCCGUACAUUGAAACAAAGCCGUGCUCAUCUACUUCAAUACUUGCCAGCUUCUCAAGAUGAGUUGCCUACAAGAACUAUUAAGGAGACGUUUCAAAGUGCAAUAAUACCUCUGAGCACUAAUGUGAGACUACAAGAGAAGUAUGUGAGUGUGUUAGGCCACGUGAGGGCUGGCCGGCUCAUGGAGGAUAUGGAUAUAUUUGCAGCAUGGGUCGCGAUGAACUACAUCAAGAAUCCAAAACAACCUCCAGAUGUUCCAACUCCUUACGUCAUCGUCACAGUUCUUGUGGACCAAAUAUCAUUCACUGAUUUUGUUCCAAAGGCACAAGCUGAUAUCCGGUUGUCAGGGAUAGUGUCAAGUGUGGGGCGCUCCAGCAUCGAGACCACAGUGUGGUUGGAGCAGCAGCAGCAUGGUCAGUGGCAGAAGAUCACAUCUGCCAUCUUCUUGAUGGCUGCCCGAAAUGCCAACAUUUCAGGAAGUGCACCAGUCAACAAACUGGUCGCUGCUGAUGAUGAGGAGAAGCUUAUCUUAGCAGAAGCUGAAGUGCGAAAGAAGCGACGUCAUUUUGAAGAUUCGGGUUCUGUGUUGAACAAAGUUCCUGCGCCAGAUGAGCAGCAUGUUAUCCACAAUCUGUUUGUGAACUCUGUAGACAUGCACAACCCCACCAUCAACCGUCGAGUGCUGCCCCCAGGCACUGUAUGGAUGGCUGACACUAAGCGCUCCAACAUCAUAUUCUCUCAUCCCGAGGAUCGAAAUCUGCACAAUAAAGUAUUUGGAGGAUUUUUGAUGCGCCAGGCUUUGGAGUUGGCUUGGAUUGUUGGGUACUUCCACAGCAAACACAGACCCAAGCUGCUGCACAUCAGUGACAUUAGUUUUAAGAAGCCAGUAGAUGUGGGCUCUUUGUUGGGAAUGACUGGACAGGUGAUAUACACUGAAGAAAACUAUAUGCAGAUCAUAGUGCAUGCUGAAGUAACUAGCCCAUUCUCAGGACAGCAAGUAACAACCAAUGUGUUCCAUUACACUUAUGAGGCUCCAGAUUAUGCUACUAAAGUUAUGCCUAACACUUAUCAUGAGGCAAUGAUGUACAUUGAUGGACGCCGCCAUUUCCAGGAAGUUAUGGGACUUAAAUCUUCAAGUUAAUGUGCUACUGGCUGCUUUAAUUUGGAAUUUCAGUAUUAUCUACACGCGAGUCAAGAGCUUUACUAACUAAAGUUUCCUUUCCUGUUCUGAGAGAACAUAACUAAUAUUUUAACAUUCAAACUUACUGAACCCACUCUUGCCAGUCCAGGGAAUAUUUGAGAAAGAUCAGGUCAUUGAUUGUUAAUGCUUCUACUUGAAUUAAAAAAAAAAAAAUGCUUGUAUUUAUUUUAUAAGGAGAAGCAGGUUAGGUGUUCUAUAGAACACACUGUAAUUGCUUAUUUAAUACUUGGUCCUUGAAAACUCAUGACAAACAGGUGUAUCUUAUUUUAAGACUAUUUAUCUUGAAAUCAUUUAGUAAUAAAUAAUAUUUCAGCUACACCUAAUUUGUAUAUUGCUCUGUUGUUUAGUCAAAACCGAAUCGGAGAGCUUAAAAGUUUGUUUAGCUGAGUUAGGUGGCAUGUAUAAAUAAUGUUUAACUUUUUGUGUUCUGAGAGCAUCAAUUCAUAAGAAAUACAAGGGCAGUUUUUUUUCAACCUUUGAUGAGCCAUAAAAAAGUCAAGUGAUUAAAAAACAAUAUUAUUUCUUUUAUCACACUGUAUGUACACUUAUGUAUGUACUUCUCAACAUAAUCAUCUUGAAGAUUGAGGCAUUUGUCAUACCUGUGGAUAAGUCUUCCAAUAUCCUGUUCAUAAAAUUUUAUCCUGCCGCCAGUAAAUUUAAAUGAGUCAUGACCUUGUCUUGAUGUUCCUCAGUAGUUGAAAGUUUUGACAUCUUGGACACCUAGCGAACACAAAUAUUAUUUUAGUCUAAAUUCUGUAAAAUUACAUUGAAGAGAAGAUCUUGAUACUUCAAAAAUUCUAGAGAUAAAGCACUUAUUCUGAAAGCCGUUUUCUCUGAGCACUUUGUCAUCGUUCAACAAGGCCUGUAGCAACUGACUUUUCCUUGACCUCCUUCACUGUGCAUGUCAGUUUGCACAUAUUUAAACUUUUAGACACCAUUCACGAAUUACACCAUUCACGAACUACACCAUCACUCAUAAUGUUUUCUCUAUAAACACGGCACAUUCUCCAAUGGAUUUCUGGCUGUACGCUUCUGCUUCCAGGAAACGAAUAACACUCCUCAGUUAAAAUUUGGUGGGUGAAUCAAUAGAGGCGACCAUGUUUAUGCCACUGUAGCUUGGCACAACUGGCUAAUUGAACUUGGCAGUGACUAAUGUCAUAGUGAGUAAGAUGCGUGGUAACGACUGCAUACACCGCUGACCUGCCACUUGUUGUCUAGCCACUAUGGCGUGAGAUCAGAGGUUGAAAAAAAAACUACUCUCAUACAAAAGAAAUCUGUGCUUUUUAUUAGACUAAGCCUAUGGAUGAAUGUUUGUAAAUUGUACAGUAAAUGUUUUCUUGGACUGGAUAUGUUUUGUUGAGAGGAAUGUCAACAGUUAUGUUGUUUUAUGCCUAUUUACACAUAUUAAGCUCAAAAGCAUAAAAAAGUAACUACAGUAAUUAAACCCCCUUAUAGCAAAAUGAGAAUAGCCAAUUCUUGAAAAGGAUGUUCAGAAAAAUUAACUUCAUACCAUUAAACACAAUAACUCAAAAGAAAUUUCACAAUAAACCUAAUUUAAUUGUUGAUAUGUGUAAUAUAAAUACUGAGGACAUUUUUAAAAGUUAAAAUUCUCCAAAAUGCCACAAGAAAUACACUAAAAGCAUUCCAAAAUGGCUAUAAAUCAAACAGUGUUAGUCAUGGCAUGUUGAGUCAUGGCAAAUUAUGAUGCUCAAGGUGUUACUGUGGUCACAAUUUUUAUUAUUAUGCAGACAGUACAUGUAUUGUGUAAGAUUUGUAGUUAAUUUGGUUGUGGUAGUUUUUCUUAUGCCCAAGUAAGAGAAUAGAUUUCAAUCCCUGAAAGGUAGUGUGAUAUAUUUUUGUAACAAUGACAAAUGUCUGCAAUUCUGUUUUUUUUUUCUUAUCAUCCAUCAUCAGUAACAAUUUUUUAAACAAAAUAUAAUGAUCAUUUUCUCUUACUAAUCUGUAGCAGGAUUAUUAAGUUACAAGUAUUCUCUGAGUUUUGUGAUAAGUGAAAACUAAUUCAGUUAAGUAUAAGUUAACAUAUAUUAAGUUAAUCUAGAAACUUUCUACAAUAACACAAUGUUAUUUGUCUAAAAAUAAUGUUAAGUGAAAUCUAUGUCCCACAUAGAAAAUCAUCUAUAAUUUUAAAAUAGGGGUAUAAGUAAAUUAAUUACUAUACUAAUAAUGUGCUUCAAAAAUACAAAAAAAUACUUUGUUUACUAAAAUGUUUAUUUACAUAAUAAUUCAGUUCCUUGACAAAUGUAGCGCAUGUAGUCUGUUAAAUUGGCUAAAACGUACCAGAAAUUAAAAAUUAAUAAAUCCCUUAUAAUUUGAAUUUUGGUUGCAUUUAUCCUGAGAAGUCAAGGCACCAAUGGUUUAAAAUUUUUAUUAAUGACAUAGUUUUAUAUUUUGUCAGAUAUUUUGAAAAAAAAAAUUUCAAUAGCAUUUAGUUAAAUAGUAAUAUUAUGACACUAAGUAAAUGACAGUUUGUUGCUAAGGUAGAAGUUUUGUAUGGAAAUACAAAACAAACAUACACAAAUCAAUCAUAAAAAUGAUUCGAAUUUAAUUGUGACUAAUUACAGCAAGUAUUGCAUUCUGACAAACAUGCAGACUAACCAAUAAACGUUUUAACUAAUAUAGUGUUUUCUGCAAUAAACAUGUAGAUCAGACACCACAAAAAAUAAAGAUGAGACUUGGUUCAGAACAUUUGAUAGUGGCACAAAACGUGCAACUUAGUUCUGUAAAUAAAAAAUGGCAUUUUAAGGAAAGAUGUGUAUGUUAAUUAAUAGUUUGACAUACGACAAAAAAAAUAAAAAUUUAAGUGACCUGGAUUAAACAACCAACCUUUUUGCCAAACCAGUUAAGGAAUUGAGGCAUUGCUAACAGAUCUCCCUUCACUUGCUACAGAACCCAAACAUAAUCCUGAACACCCCAUCAAAGUUCAUUAUCUGAACACUCAGGACAAUUAUAAACACCAGAUCUGGUAAUUAGAAUUAAACAUUAAAAUAAGUUUAUAUUUGAGUAAAAAGUUUUGGAGGUUUCAUAAUAUUACUAUUCAUUAGGAUUCUCUCGGAUUAUUUUAAUAGUGAUUAUUGUGGGUAGUAAUGAAAGGAACUGUAUUAAUUAGUCCUGUCAUAAAAUGGAUAACUUUCAAAAAAAUAUUAUAAAUAGUAAUUAAAAAAAUAAAAUCAGAUAAUGUGAUAAUCAAAAUGUAUUAGUGAUAAAAUAUAGCUUUUGAGUUUCUGUGGUGCUGUAAAACGUGAUACUAUUGUGAGUUUAUGUUAAUUUUUUGUUCAUUAUUUUAAGUUUUGUGAUUAUUUUUCAUAAUAAAGUGUUUUCUUGAAAUAA